GCGUUAAUAAACCAAACUAGCCAAUAGGCGCUGGUUUUAUUUCACAGUGUCAGAUAGAGGCGCGCACGGGGCAUCAGGAUACAGCAAACCAGUAACAGAGAUCCGCUGUGUCUCCUUUGGUCUGGAAACAAGCCGGUAAAGCAUGGCGGAAUUCCUUGAAGACCCGUCCGUUCUCACAAAGGACAAGCUUAAGAGCGAACUGCUUGCCAAUGAUGUUCCUCUUCCCAGUGGUGAGCACAGGAAAGAUGUUUAUGUCCAACUUUACCUCAAACAUCUGACCGUACUGAACAAGAAGCACUCUCCAGCCGAGACUUUCUCCAGUGACGAAGAAAUAACACCGGUGAUCUCUAACAGAAGUCGAUCAGGAAAAAAAGCUACAAGAAAGACUGAUAAGAACCGAAAAGAGGAGGUGGAUGUUGCUAGUCUGACCGACAGCGAAUUGAAGGAUCAGCUGCUGAAGUAUGGCAUCAAUCCUGGUCCAGUAGUCGCGUCAACUCGUAAACUUUAUGAGAAGAGACUUCAAACACUGUUGGAUCAGCCUCCUUCAGAGAUCAAACCACCUGAACCCGAGACUGCAGUUCCAGAGACGGUACCUGUGAAGGCAGACGGCAGUCAGAACGGCAACACGCACACGGUGGAGGAUCAGUACAGUGACCAGGAAGAAGAUGUUGAACCAGUACCAGAGCCAGUUCCAGUAGCACCAAAACCUGUGAGAAGCAGAGGAAAAUUGACCCCCUUGACCACCAGGACAAGCAGCCGACACAGCAGUAAGCAGGUAGAGGAGACAACAGCAGUUCACGAGCAGUCAUUUUCUGUGGACAGAAGUGACCUUUUAAAAGAAAUAUUCCCUAAUGAACCUCCUACACCCACAGGCAUUAGUGCUACCUGCCGGCGGCCUAUCCAUGGGGCAGCUGGGCGUCCAGCGAGGCCGCUUGACCUCUGGCCAGAGGAGUCUCUCCUACAGCAGCGUGUGUUCACAACCACCAAGUCAUCACUCACACACAGUCACAGCAUCCCAUCACAUGCUCCAUCAUUCUCUCCACCGUCUGAGCUGCGUCCACGCCGUCGCUCUUAUGCCAUCUGGCUCAAACUGCUGGUAUUCCUCCUGCUGGCUGCCUCACUUUACUAUGUCUUUCAGAAUGUGAGCAAUGAGCAGAUCGACUCCUGCAUGCUCUUCUUACAGGACAGGGUGGUCACACCCUUCCUAACUGUUAUUGGUGUUAUUAGUCAGGAAGAUAAUUCUGGGAGCGAGUGAAUGCAUCUUCUCCCAGGGUGUGCAUGAGCUGUCUCUAUUUUCAGACUUGUGCCACAUCCCCAUCUGAUAGAUUGGAGAAUCAGCAUAUUGUCAGGGUGUGUGUUUUAUAAUUAUUUCAGUCCAACUUCUCAGUCAUGUCCAAUUGUGUGUUUUUAAUUAGUCUUUAAACUGUGUGAACUGUUUUUAUUUUUCAUCUUGCCUUUUGUUUUUACUGUUUUGUAGCAGGUCAUCAGGACAGGAAGAAAUAGUGAUUUUUGUAGCCUUGUAUCAUGAUGAAACAAUUGCCACUAUGUUUGCCUGUAGCGCUUCUAGACAUUCUCCAUUACGAAACAGAUUUGUUUUAGAUAUCAACAAAAUGCUUUUCUAAGGGGCAUUAGUGUUGUGUUAAUCACAGGCAUUGAAGCUCAUCACAAUGUGAGUUUAAAAUAUUGGGGCAUGCUAAAAAGUACUAUUUUGUGUGCAGUGGAUUUUUAGUAAAGAUUACUGUAUGUACAUACAUUUUUACUGUGCAGGUUAAUUUGAAUAUGUUAUCAGGAUAGCAAAGACAGCUUUGGUAAUUGUAUCUUUUAUGUUUCUGUCUGUGUGUGUAUAGUAGCAUGGAAAUGUGCCCAAACUACUGGUUCUUCAUCAGACUGGCUGGUUAACAUUUCUACACUCUCUGCUCUACUCUCAGGUUAUAGACGUGAUUUUUAUUCAUUGAUGCAUGACUGGUUUUGUGUUAGGUGACGACUCAUCAUGUAUGUUAUCUAUCUGUAUUGUGAAAGUAUACUUGUCAAAUGCUAUAAGUCGUCAUAACACAAACUUUAACCGGCCUGCCUGCUUUUUCCUAUCUGGGGAAAAACACUGGUUAUCAUCUAGGUGAAAUAUUUUCUCUGCUGCAGCUGAAAACAAAGUCAGAAGGUCACAUUUGUGUCUGUUGGACAAGCAUGAAGUAGUGUAGAAACUUUUAGUUCAAAUAAAUACAUUUACAGUAAAUGUUUGUUCUAAAGAUUGCAAUUUUUUUAUUAUUUGUAUUUUACUACUUGGAUUUGAAAAUGUUUAUGCAUUUUAACUGCAAUAUUUUUCUAAGGUUUUUUUUUCCUUCUAAAAAUACCUUUUUAAAGACAGGCAAAUAGUUCAGUGGAAUGGAAGGUGCUAGUAAAUUGCAGCAAACAUUUAAGUUUAAACCUGCUGUCUGAAAGGCAGAAAGUGUUUUUUAAAAUGGAAAUAAAUUUUGCACUUUGUCACAGGGCAGCUAAUAGGAUCUAAUGGUUAACUGGAACGUUUCAUUCUGGAUGAACUGAGUGUUUAUCAAUUGUUAAUUACAAUAAUUGUGCACAAUAAAAAUAAGAAAGACAGCUGAA